AUGUCUUACUCUACGUUUUUCGGCGGCAUCCCUGCUGCUGCGUUGUGCAGCAGCAGCAGCAGCAGCAACAGCAGCACGGCGGAGCUGGACUGCUGCAGCUUGCGGCAGCAGCAAAUCUACACCUCCGACACUCCUGCUGCAGCAGCAGCAACACCAACUGACAUGCAGCAAACUGUGACACUUGAAGUGUCUCCUCCGCAGUCUCCUCCUUCUCCUUUGCCCUAUUUGCGGCGGCAGCACUUGCCUUCUAAAGAGCAGCAGCAGCAGCUGCUGCUGCAGCAGCAGCAGCAGCACGCCGACCUCUUUCUGAGCCAGGACGACGUCGCGCUCCAGCAGCGACUCGAGCAGCAGCAGCAGCAGCAGCAGCAGCAGCAGCACCUCUGGCAGCACGAGCAGCAAGUUCUCGACGCGCUGCUUGACCCUGAGCUGCGGCGCAGCAGGGUGCUGCGGCCGCAGCAGCAGCAGCAGCUGCAGCAGCAGCAGCUCCAAGAGCAGCAGCUCCAAGAGCAGCACGAGGAAAAGAUGCUUCGGCUGCGGCAGGUGGAGUUGCUGCAGCAGCAGCAGCAGCUGCUGCUGCAGCAAGCAACGGCAAGCAACAGCAGGACAGUCUCUUCAGAGCUGCUGGCGCAGCUGCUGGCAGCAAACAGCAGCAGCCAAAAUAGCCCUGCAGCAGACGCGUGGAGAGCUGCGUGCAUGCCGAGUCCCCUUUCAGCAGCAGCUGCAGCAGCAGCAGCAGCAGCAGCAGUAGCAGCAGCAACGCCGCCAGCAGCUGCGCUGGACAAAGACGCCACCGCAGCAGCAACAACAGCAGCAGCAGUGGCAGAGAAGGAAACCCAUCUGAAGAGGUGCGUGCAGCGCCUGCAGCAAGCAGCAGCAGAGGUGGUGGCAGCUGAUGCUGCUGCUGCUGCUGCUGCUGCUGCUGCGCCGGCGAGAGGCACUCAGCUGCGCUGCCAAAACUGCAGCAAGCAGCGCCACACGGCAGCAGCAGCAGCAAGCGGCUGCAGCUACGGCGCAAAGGAGCAGCAGCUGGACGGUGCAGCAGACAGCGUCGAGGAGCAGCUGCAGCUGCAGCAGCAGCAGCAGCAGCAGAAAGAGCAGCUGCUGCAGCAGCAAGCUUGCGGGGCUUCCUGCGCUGCCGUUGCGGAUGCGCCAUCAUUGCUACUGGGCAGCAGCUCGGCACUGGCUGUGUGCAAGCAAGGGGUACAAGCAGCAGACAUAUCGCACGUGGAGCUUCGCCAGCGUAAGCUGCUGCUGCUAUUGCUGCUGCUGCUGCUAUUGCUGCUGCUGCUGCUAUUGCUGCUGCUGCUUUGGGUGGUGGCAGUGCUGCUGUUGCAGCGCACAGCAGAAGCAGCCCCUGUUGUAGCCAGCAUUUUAGAGCAGCAGACGCGUGGUUCGAGUGUUCUCUGUUGUGUCGCCAGCAGCAGCAGCAGCAGCAGCAGCAGCAGCAGCAGCAGCAGCACGAGCAGCAGGAGCAGCAGGAGCAGCAGGAGCAGGAGAGUUCUGUGUGUGCGUGCGUGUCGCUGCGCGUGCAGCGAGCGUGGUUGGCGGCGUGGCUGCUGGCUGCAGCAGCGUGGAGGGUCCUUCAUGCGGCGCAGCAGCAGCAGGAGCAGCAGCAGCAGCAGCAGCAGCAGCAGCAGCGGCGUACAAAGGCCCCGUGCCGCUGCCGCCGUGUCAGUACCGGCGGCUGUACGACCCCGAGGGGCCGCUGCAGCUGCCGCGGCCGCCGCUGGAAGGCGGGCUGUUCUCAAGGGCUGA